GUCGCGGAUUAGAGCCUAGUGGAGGAUGUCCCGGCCUGGACGGUCCGGUGGUAGGAGGAGCACCGAUGCCCGGCCCAGGCGAGCAGCGCUCACGGGACGCGGACCGUCGGGGCCAUGGAGGACGAGCAGCCCGACAGCCUGGAGGGCUGGGUGCCACUCCGCGAGGAUCUCUUCAGCUCACCCGAACGGCACCAGUUGCGCUUCCUGGUGGCCUGGAACGACGCGGAGGGCCAGUUCGCUGUGACUUGUCACGACCGCACGGCGCAGCGGCGGCGGCGGCGUGAAGGGACCGCGCCGGAGCCUGCCGGGGCCGCGCCCAGUUGGGCCGGCCUGCUCUCGGCCGCGGGGUUCCGCGGGGCGCACCGGCAGCUGGCGGCGCUGUGGCCGCCCCUGGAACGCAGCUUCCCACAGCUACCGCCCGAGCUGGACGUGGCUGGCUGCGGGGCCGGGGACCGCGGGCGCGGGCUGUGGGCGCUAGUGUGGCCGGUGCGCGUUGGCCUCGGAGAGACGGCGCUACUGGAGCUCUGCGGGCAACUGGAGCGCUAUCUGGCUGAAGCGGCCGACGGCUGCGGCGGUGUCACCGUGCGCGACGCGCUCUUCCCCGCGGAAAGCGGCGCGGCCGACUGCGAGAGCCCGCACGAGCUCCGGGAGCGGGCCUUGCGCGCGCGGCGGGCCGAGGCGGGAGCGCGGCUGCACCAGGUUCUUCAAGGACAUGAAAAAGCCAACAACAUGGUAUCAUUGAUGAAAAUUUAUCAAGAGGAAGAUGAAGCUUAUCAGGAAUUGGUUACUAUGGCAACCAUGUUCUUCCAGUAUUUACUGCAGCCAUUCAGGGACAUGCGGGAAGUUGCAACUUUAUGUAAGCUUGGUAUUUUGAAGUCCCUGGAUGAGGAUAAUCUGGGUCCUAAAAGGGUAGUUGCCCUGCAGAAGGAAGCCAAAGAAUGGAGCAGACGUGCUGAAGAAGCUGUUGUCUCUAUUCAGGAGAUCACUGUGAAUUAUUUUAAGGAAACAGUAAAAGCAUUAGCAGGAAUGCAGAAACAAAUGGAACAGGAUGGGAGGAGAUUUGGCCAGGCUGCCUGGGCCACAGCCACUCCCAGAUUAGAAAAACUCAAGCUCAUGCUAGCUCGAGAGACCCUGCAACUCAUGAGAGCCAAAGAGCUGUGUUUAAAUCACAAAAGAGCGCAAAUUCAGAGAAAGGUGGAAGAUCUUCCAGAACAAGAAAAAAAUAUACAUGUUGUAGAUGAAUUAGAAAUACAAUAUUAUGAAAUUCAAUUGGAACUAUAUGAGGUUAAAUUUGAGAUAUUAAAAAAUGAAGAAAUACUUCUUACUACACAGCUGAACUCUAUUAAAAGACUUAUAAAAGAGAAACAGGAUGAAGUUGUCUAUUACGACCCGUGUGAAAGUCCAGAGGAACUUAAAGGUAUGGAUCAUGUAGCCGACCUGCAGCAUGGUGGGAACUUGGAGGUGAAAGAACUCAGCUUGCAGUGCCAGAAGCUGGAGGUCAAACGGGGCAGGAUCUGUGCCAGGAGAGCCUCACUCAGGAACAGAAAGGAUCAGUGCAAAGAAAACCAUCGGCUCAGAUUGCAACAGGCUGAAGAAAGUACAAGAUAUUUUCAUCAGCAUCAUAGUAUUCAAAUGAAAAGAGACAAAAUAAAAGAAGAGGAGCAAAAGAAAAAAGAGUGGAUAAACCAAGAACGCCAAAAAACACUCCAGCGAUUAAGAGCCUAUAAAGAGAAAUAUUCAGUUCAAUCCUUACAGCAGACAUCCUGCUCGGAACCUGGGGCUCCAAACCUGUCAGCUGACCUUCCCCGGCAGAGGUCCUCACCAGUUUCUCAGCUUGUGUCAGUCGCUCCCCCGUGCUCUGGGAAGGCCCGAAGUGCUCCUCUCGUACCUGAUGUUUAUACUGAGAAAACCCCCAAGGAUCAAGACUAUCACAGAAAUAUCCCUGUCCAGAUUUUUGUUCCAGUUGGUGACCGAACACACUUAAAAUCCAGUGAAGAGCUGUCAUUGUCCCCACCACAACAACAACCUUCUCCUCCUCCUCCUCCUCCUCCUCCCCCACCCCCACCACCUCUCCCUCCACCUCUUUCUGCUCUGGCCUCUUCUCAAGCUGCCAAUCAUCAGAACUUAGGUCUUGGAACUUGGGUAAAAGAUGAUCAGCCACGUUCUCUAGUGUGUGGGUCACCUGCUGAGAGACCACCCAAUUCCUUGGAAAGUUUUCAAUGCCCAGGAUCUAUGGAUGAAGUGUUGGCCUCCUUAAGGCACAGCAGAAGCCCUCUCCAGAAAGCGGAAGUGCCCUUUUCGCCUGCUCCCCGCACGUCAGUCAAUGAGCACAUUCUGGCUGCCAUAAGACAAGGGGUGAAACUGAGGAAAGUCCACACAGACUUGGGCUCAGGCCUCAGUGACAAGCCAACCAGUGACCUAGAGAGGAGCAUUAAAGCUGCACUCCAAAGAAUCAAGAGAGUGUCUGCUGACUCAGAGGAAGACAGUGAUGAGCAGAGCCCCAGCGAGUGGGACCAUUAAGCAUGUCUCUAAGUCUGACAAAGGUAGAUGGGCCACACAACACCCGAAAAGAUCAGCAAGGCGCCUGAUGCAGUGACGCAUACCUGGAAUCCCAGCAACUCGGGAGGCUGAGGCAGGAGGAUGGCAAGUUUGAGGCCAGCCUCAGCAAUUUAGA